AUGAGUAAAAAAUUGGAAAGGCGAUUCUGGUGUCUUUUGACACUUACAAGUCCUGAAGAUGUCUCGGAAUCUCAUAUAUUUGAGAUUUAUAAACUUGGAAAAGAUCCUUGCACUUUUAGUGCAUGUCGUACUAUGUGCGAAACGAAUAUUCGAUGUCUUAACGGUCUAUAUAAAGUGGAGAAAAAGAAUGACAACCGGGUUGAACCGACUGAUCAAACUGUGGAAAAUAAUAGCCCCUAUCUUGGGUUGAGAAAUCUCGGCAACACUUGCUACCUUAAUAUUUUUCUACAAUUGUAUUACCAUAUGCCUGAGUUUCGGAGACUCAUUUACGAAUUUGAUGUCAAAGACUAUGCCAGUCAAGCAAUUUUCAAAGAUUUGAAACUCAUUUUCGGCCAAUUACAGCUAAAGAUUGAGGGCCCUGUCGAUCCCUCGAAUAUAGCUGCAACUCUCGAUUUGGUGCCAACCAUUCAACAGGAUGCACCGGAAUUCCACUCGCUCUUUUUAAGUCUCCUUGGAGAAUGCUGCUCAAAUAUUCCAAGUUUAUUUAAAGGCUUCGAUGCUUAUGAAACGCGGUGCAAGAACUGCGACUAUCUCUCCCGAAGUUACUCAGGGUGUCUGCAAGUCAAGUCAACGGAAGAAUCUCUUGAAGGUACCAAUCAGUACUCCUGUUCCAAUUGCAACGGAAAGCGGGAUGGUUCUCGUCGACGCCGCAUCAUCUCCACCCCCAAGUAUAUCAAUUUCCACCUAAUGCGAUUUCGCAUGCGCGAUGAUAUGUCUCGCGAGAAGAUUACAGAUCGAUUCCGUUUUCCCGAUUUCCUUGACAUGGCCCCCUUUGUGUCAGGUGAUACUCCUUCAACUGAAAAGAGGGCAACGAACCAGAAUCUCAAGUACCUCUGUUUUUGUAUCAUGCUGCAUAUCGGUAGUCAACCGACUGCCGGACAUUACAUCUGCCUGAUUAGAUGUCGUGAAGGUCAGAAGACUGUUUGGAAGGUCUGCAACGAUGAAUUCGCGUUUACCAUUGCCGAUGAGGACUUUGAUGCCUCCUUGUUCAGCACUUCCAUAACUAGUUAUUCGGCUUACACCUCAAGAUUACAAAACGCUGCCUCCAAAGCGCAAGCAAAAGAGAAAGAAAGAAGAAGCUCUGUUGGAAGACGUAGUAGUCGUGGAAGGAAAAGUGUUGGCGAAGUGGAUGGUGAAGGGAAAGAUACUGAGACUGCUACACCAGUUGCCGACGGUUAUCAUUCCUCGACAACCGCCUACCUGAUCAUUUAUCGGCGCAUGGAGGAAGGGGAGGCGAAAGGUGAUUAUGGAACAGCUAAAUGGGAAGUAGAAGUUCCGGAAGAGGUUCGACUUGAAAUUGAAGAAAUGGAUUAUCACAAGCGUAUGGAGAAGGCAAGAGAGAAGGAGGUCACGUUGAUGCGACCGGCAUGGCGAAUGCGUCUCUUUGACCUCCUGCGAGCUUCCAUUUCACCCAAGCGCCCCAAAUGGUCUUCCGACGAUAGUUUCGCCUCCUUUUCAGACAUCUGCCUUGUUCCCACAAGGUGGCUCAAGAAGUGGUUUAACAAUCCUGAUAUUUUGCCCCCACAACUGCUCGAUUCCAACGGCGGAAAAAUUCUUCCUCUUGCUGGUGAUGCUACAUUUGAGUUGAAACCUUUUCUAUGUCGCCAUAAUCAUAUUUCCCCUACAAGUAGUCUUGAAAGUAUUCGAGCUAUCUCACCACAUCAGUUGGAUGUGGCUCUUCAGUGCGCAAAGUCUCGUACUUACUCAGAUGUACCCAAAGAGUCCACCAAAGGACCUUCCUGCCUGAGCCGUGAAGCAUUGGAUCUGCUUUCCCCCUGUGUGCAAUGUAUUCGUCAUCGAGUCACUGAUAAUCGUUUUACUGAGGUGUGUGAUACAAUCACCAAGGAGAUGCGGAAUUGGAAGAAGGUUAGCAAGGAUGGUACCUACCCAUUUGAUGGAAGCAGCGCCACAGAUGGUGAACAUCCAUUGGUUUACUUUGUUGGAACAAAGUCGUUUGCAACAUGGCGCUCACUUGCACAGACUCAUUACUCCAAAGCCCUUGAGUCUACUGAGCCCGUUCCCACAGAAUUCAAUAAGGAUGCCGUUUGUCCACACGGCGAGUUGAUGGUGGAAUCAUGUCGCAUUGUUAGCCCUUCAAUAUGGCAUCGAAUAAGGUCCCUUUUCAAUCCACCAUUUUCUGGGUUUCCUACGGAGAUUAACGAAUAUACCAGCAACUUAGUCAAGGACGCAAAAUGCUUUGAGUGCUGUUCCACUCUCUCGAGCUUAAAACUCAAGGCCAAGCAUGAGAUGAAGAAAAUGGGAUCCAUUCUCGAUGCGUCUGAUUACAUGCCUACGGACCGGAAUUUGGGUGAGCUUAUUCAAGAUUUCGGGAAGAACGAGGACAAAGCCGCAAUCUACCUACUUCCUGCUGAAUUUAUUCGCCAAUGGCGCAGAUUUUGUAAGGCAACCAAGGUCACUGAAACUGUAGCCUUUCUUCCCUCGGGUUUCGACUGUCCCGAUAUUCGGUGUGAACAUGAUCGUGUAAGUCCUCCAAUCAUGGCCUAA